UUUGUGCAUCAUACGGGUUAAGUUUGAUGAUAUGGCAGUAAAUAUAAGCAGUGUCGUGAAACACGGGAAAGCCGGGUUUAAAUUUAGUUCAGCCUGCGAUGACAUCUUACUGAACAUCCAUCACACGGUCGAUAACAACAGCGAUGGCAUCAUCCUCCGAAUACGGUUCACAGCGGCUGGAUUCAGUGCCAAUAAUGAGCGGUUGAUUGCUGUCGAUCACAGGGAGAAUGUUUUCGUUUUUGAUUUAAUUGGUCAAAAAUAUUGGCUACUAUUGGAGAAGCUUAAAAAAAUAACCGUGAUUGAAGGACUUUCUGGUGGUAAUUUGGUAGCGUGUGCCAAUAAGGAGGGAAUGGUAUACGUCGUAGACAUAGACGAAAAACAACCCACGGUGAAAAUAAAAGCACUUCCGGCAAGCGUCCUAGGUCUCACACAAUCCCCUGACCCUGUUCCAUUCAAUCCACAUUUGAAGCCUCAAAAAUGUGACAAUAUGACCAACUCUCGGUAUUUGCUAGUAAACGGUCAGCAAUGUGCCAAAGUGUAUCAAGCUGAUGGGUUUACGGAAGUUUCUAGCCUGAACUACGGGUUUACGUCGCAUAGUGCGGUGCAGCUGAAAGAGUGGCACUGGUUCUCCGGGCCAAACGGACCAUCCCUAAUUAGUUACAGUGCCAGCGGUAUUAUCAAAGCGUACCGGAUUAACUUCACACUUAUCAAAGAACUGAACGUGACUCGCCUUAUCGGGCUUUACCUUAAGAAUACUUCAGCACAAAUGAUCGAAUUUGAGCCUACGGUUAAUGCUGCUGGUGGUGAUGUAUCUGCUGCCCGCGUAUCAGAUGCAGAUAAAAUGGGUCGUGUGAUAAAACGUAUUACGGAGGAUUCCCCUAAUGGAUUCAUAAAGGCGGCACAAGUUUCCGCAGACGGCCGUUACUAUGCGCUACUGUGCAGCAACAAUUCGUUGGCUUUUUUGGCUCUCGAAUCAUGGCUCGUAUGCCGCGUGGUUGCAUUUUCCAAUUUGUUUAUCACGCGGUAUGCAUUCCUUCCGAUCGCAUCGAGUAGUACCACCGGCUCCCUCCAAAGGCCCUAUCCUUUGGUAUCGAUUGCACUCGUUGCACAAACCGUUGAUAAUGAUUUAGUGCUGCUGAAUUUCGGCCAAUGCAACCGUAAACACCCACCCACACUGUUCCCCCUGGCCAUGCGCAAUCGAGCGCUCCGGUCAGGAAAGAGUAAAUGCUAUAAAUUUUGUCCAGCUCCCAACGGGCGAAUGCUUGCGAAUGUGCUUACGAGUGGCGAGGUAUUGCUGCACAAUUUAGACGCUUAUUUGCAGUCGAACACUGCUAGCCCAGCGGUCAGUGUGGGUAUACUUCCGGGCACGGGAAAACUGGCCCCAGGUGUUACCGGCCGAUCGCAUCCAAAUUACUACGGCAAAAAUUUACUUAUCGGCUCAGCAACGUCGUCGUCCUCGUCGGUAACACUUUCGGGUACAGGCGGUGGAAACCGGCAAAAAGUUAAAAUUGAACGUCAAAUGGAUGCCAUCCAUUCGGAGAUAGCAAAAACGUUACCGAAGGAACGGCUUCUUCCGAUCGUGAAGGAAUAUGGCGAAUAUCCGGCAAAACACCGGCCAACCAUCUGGCGCACUCUACUGGAGCUGCCAUCCGAUGCAGAAAGCUUCGGUGCGCUAUUGCAACGGGGCCACCAUCCAUGCGUCGCUAGUCUCGACGAACGACGGUUCCCUUCGCAGGAUUCGCGCACGGUUCGUAAUGUGAAAAAAAUCGUAUCCUGUCUGGCCCACUGGUGCCCCGUGUUUGGGCUUAUCGAUUACCUGCCAUACUUUGUAUUCCCGUUCGUGCGCCAGCAUCCCAACGAUGCCCUUGUGGCUUUCGAAACCGUCGCCACGGUUCUGCUGAAUCAAUGUCAGCUGUGGUUCGAGUUCGCCCCGUUGGAACCGUGGAACUACUUGGCGAUGGUCGAAAAUGUGCUGGCCGAGUUCGAACCCCGGCUGAUGAGUUUCUACCGCAGCCACAGUAUUGCAUCCCGGGCCUAUACGUUGCCCCUGAUGGAGACGGCCUUCUCCCGGUGCUUCUUGGCCGACCGAUGGGCCUGCCUGUGGGAUCAUGUGCUCUCGAACGAACCGUACUUUCCGGUGUUCCUAAUUGCGGCCUACAACGCCGUCCAUCGUGGUGCUCUCAUGGGCACUUGCAGCGGCACGGGGACCGGAACGCCAUCGAUGAAUGAGGAAUCCAUCACCAACUUCUUCCAUCAAUCGUCUUCGGUUGACGUGCGACGCGUUGUACGGCGUGCGUACGAUCUAAUGGAACGCUGCCCCGAUGCCAUCCAUCCGAGGAAUUACUUUAAAUCAUUCGUCCCUCUCAGCGCUCCCUACCCUUGCGCGGCGAUGCAGAGAGAAACGCUCAUCGACAGUGGAACUUCUGGGCGUACGGUUUACCACAGUGCAGGUAAUAAUGCUAUCGAUUUCACACGACCGAGACGCGAGACUCCCUCAUCCGAGGGUGGAACAUCGAUGGACGUGUAUUGGCCUUCGUCCAGCGCGACCGAGGGAUACGUGAACUUUUGCAACUUCCCGAAAACUCUCACCGAUGUCCGGUGUACCGAGACGAAUGCGCUACAGGCGGAGCAUCGGCGGCUGGAGGUGAAAAUCAUCGAACUGGAAAAGCUCGAACACUCUCUCAAGGAUCGUAUGGUGAAUAAUCUGAUUCGGCAGGAGCACGAGCAGCGCGUCAAGAAAGUGGAGCAAAACUUUGAGGAGGCCAUCAGCCGGGAGGAAGAACGGAUCGAAAUGCAACGGAAAUUAUUGCUGCUGCACCGGAAGCAGCUUCGCGAGCGGGAGAGUGAACUAUCGUUCGAUCUACACAAUGCCAAUCUUAUCAACGAUGCCACGGUUCGUGAACGUGAGCUAGAAGGUUUGCUAAAGAAGCUCCAGCGGGAGCGACAACGCGAGGAGACGGAUUUGCUGUUCGCUGAGGAGGACAUCAAGUUGAAGGAGCUGGAAUUGCUGGCUCGCUACCGGAGCGAAACGGUGCCGCCGCCGGCAUUGGGGAGUGCGACUUCCGACGGGUAUCGUCGAUCGGACCACCCACGCUACCAGCAGGCACUGGAGCAGCUGGCUGUGCAGAAACAGAAGCUCUACGACGAAAUCGAUCGGACAUAUUCUUCCCUAGGGAUGCCCACUGGAAGCAAUGAGUAUACAUACCGUACGGUAACGGAGCUCCGGAAAGUGGCAUCGGUGGCCAGCAACGAACGAUAUCCAUCGAAGGUGCGCAAUCAUCCAGUCAAGCUGCAACAAACUGCGGAAUCACGUCCAAUACACGCCGUUACCAGUCAGGUCAAGCUCUACAAAGAUGCGAUCCAGCAUAUGGAAGAACAAGUGAAGGUUUUGCAACGAUUGAAAAAUGAUUCUGUAAGGACAAAAUGAAAAUGACUUUCUAACUUAACCAUCUAAAUGUUAAACCAUCGAUAAUAUAUUUUUCGUAUUGAUAAUAAAA